UGGCCACGUUUGACGUUAGCUGUCACAAGGUGAAUUUUCAAUUUGACAGAUGUUCUGGUUGUUGUUAUUGUCAUCUGCCCUUUUUACAUGCAAAAUAUAAUGGGAUUUUUGUGAUUUCCGAUGCAUAAAACACGCGCUGCACAUAUGUAUAAGAUAAACUGUAAUAAUCAAUAUCAAUGUCAAUAAUGUUAACAUCAUAUUAGGCCUUGAAAAUGUUUGGUCAAAGUGACCAUAUAGCACUCAACUUGUUAGAAGAUAAUUCAACUCUAAGGCGACAAUUUAGAUUGAAACGGCAAUGGAAACAACUUUCAAAGUGCCAAAGAAGUGUGAUUUACUUGGUUGGGCUUAUUUUUACAUUAACGUCCCUGUAUUUUAUCUCGGUGGAUUCGAAAGGGACCAUAAUAACAGUCGAGAAUGCCCCAGGAUUCACUGAAAAAAGUGUUACACUAGGCAAUAUUCGAAACGACCCCCGAGAUGUAGUUGAAAUUGGAGUGGAGGGCAAUAAUGAUAACCAGGUACUAGAGGAUCCGGAAGGGGCCCAAGUAAAUAAUAAAGUUGACAGUGAACAAGUAGCCGAGCCCCCAAAGAACUUAAUAUAUUUUCCGGACCCAUCAACCCCACGACAAAAGGCAGUUGUGCAAGCUUUCAAACAUGCUUGGAAAGGAUAUAAAGAGUUUGCCUGGGGUCAUGAUCAACUCAAGCCGAUUUCUAAGAGCUACCAUGAUUGGUUCGGCUUAGGUCUCACUAUCGUUGAUUCUCUCGAUACGAUGUAUAUGAUGAACCUCAAAGACGAAUAUAAUGAUGCAAGAAACUGGGUAGACAAGCAUUUGAAUUUUGAUGUGAACAGAGAUGUAAAUUUGUUCGAGGUCACAAUAAGAGUGCUCGGAGGAUUAUUGAGCAUCUACCAUUUCACUAAAGAUGACAUGUACUUAAAAAAAGCUACUGAUUUGGCAGACCGACUCUUACCAUGCUUUGAUAGCGAAUCUGGAAUUCCAUUCUCUGAUAUUAACUUAUUUACCAGAAAAGCUCAUGCCCCUAGAUGGUCCCCAGAUAGUAGCACUUCGGAAGUAACUACUAUUCAACUGGAAUUUAGAUAUCUAAGUUGGCUUACUGACAAUUCAAAGUAUGAGAAUGUUGUCAGCAAAGUAUCACAAUUAGUGCAUAGGCUAGAAAAAACGGAUGGUUUAGUUCCUAUUUUUAUUAACGCUAACAAUGGACAAUUUAGAGCAUACGCCACUAUCACUCUAGGCGCCAGAGGAGAUAGUUAUUACGAAUAUUUACUGAAGCAGUGGAUACAGAGUGAGAAAACUUUAGAAUACCUUAAAAACGAUUAUUUGUCAAGCGUAAAUGGGAUAGAAUUACAUUUAGCCAAGCGCACUGUACCUAAUGGACUACUGUUCCUUGGAGAGCUUGUAGGCGGCACCAAAGAUUUUAAGCCAAAGAUGGACCAUCUGACUUGCUUCAUGCCAGGAACUUUAGCAUUAGGCGCACAUAAUGGUCUUCCCAGUUCACACAUGAAAUUGGCUGAAGAAUUGCUAACAACUUGUUAUCAAACCUAUGCUAAGCAACCCACAUUUUUAGCUCCGGAAAUAACAUAUUUUAAUUUUCAGGGAGAAAACUCAAAUGAUAUGUACAUUAAGUCUAAUGACGCUCAUAAUCUUCUUAGGCCAGAGUUUCUCGAAAGUUUGUGGUAUAUGUAUCAAUUAACAGGAAACACCACUUACCAGGAUUGGGGAUGGCAAAUUUUUCAAGGCUUUGAGAACUUCACUAAAGUCGUACAUGGUUACACUUCAAUUGGAAAUGUGAAAAAUACAGCAAACGUCCAACCUAAAGAUAUGAUGGAAUCGUUUUUCUUAGGCGAAACUUUGAAAUACUUAUAUCUUUUGUUUAGCGACGAUAGGAAACUGUUAGACUUAGACAAAUUUGUAAUUAAUACGGAAGCUCACCCUUUCCCCAUAGGCCGAGGAAACAUUUAGUGCAUUUGGUGAUGAUUUUAUUGGACGACUGAUUCAGAUCGUAGAUGGUGAUUGUUAUAUAUUAUUUUUAUGUAGAUGUAUGGGCAGAGGGAAGUAAACUGUGUGUCGGUAUGUGUCAAUGUAUCAAGUUUUGCAUUUCUUCUAGUCAAAAGAUUUAACCCUUUAACAACGCUUAAAUGAUAUUAUCGACGGACGUUGAUUUAAAUAUUAAUUGAAUGAUAAGGUUAAGAAAUGGGUCUGUGUCUUAAUUAAUUCUGUCUUAUCGGAAGUAUGAUUCCAAUGUAGACUGAACUAGACUUACUACUAAUAGAGAUUGAAAAUAAGUGAUA